CUGAUUAGUCCACGUGAACAACUGGAAAAUUCUAGACGUACGACAGUGUUUAUUUUUAUUCGAGUGCUGUCAGAUAAAAUUUUGAUCAUAUUUAUAUAAUCAUUUGCCAACUGCGUAAUAAAAGUGCUAGUACCGGUUCCAGGAAUACUCAUUCAACAUGGAAAACUCUCCGUCUUUCGAGAGGUUCAAAGAAUUGGAUCUCAGCAGAGAUGAAAUUGACCGACUUGGGGAGGCCCUCAAAAAGGACGAAUUUCGAAAAUUACUGAUCGACUACGUGAAUGAAGUGCAAGAUCCCAAAAAUCAGAAGUUGUACGAGGAUGAAAUCACUGAAUUGGAAAGAGAACGGGGUAAUGAUAUAACAUUUUUGCAUCCAACCCCCUGUUACGUCAUCAAAACAACCCUCGAUGGCGAUAAAAAAUGUUUUAUCAAUAUUUGCGGAAAUGAUUUGGUGAAGCAACCCUCUUCCUCCCCUUCUGAGAAGGAUGGCACGCGGGGGCUUCAAUGGUCGUUACCCCAUUCUCUGUCUCCUCCAUCUGAAGACUUGGAUAAUAAAGGGGAAAGAUGUAAAGUUUUCGAUGUGCUUUUCCACCCAGAUACGUUGCAUUUGGCACAGAAGAAUAAUGCAUUUAGAAACAUGGUUAAUAACACCGCAUGCAGCGCCAUUGAAACACACUUCGACGUGGAAUUGGAUAAAAAUAACCUUAGAUUUCCCAAACUCAAGUACAAAGGGAUGGCCCGAGCCAGUGUUAUUCGAAAACCUUCUUCUGAAGGACCUAUUGAAAGAUCUCCUGAAGAGAAGGAGUUUUACGAUAAACUUUAUGCUCAAGCAGAUGAAUCUACACAAAGUUAUAAAGUUCCCAAGAAAAGUAAGAGAUCUAAAAGCAAUAAAAAUUCUCGAGAACCCAAGUCACCUUAUACAACACCAAAAUUUUUAAUUAAACAUCGUCGACAUGUGGAAAUGGAAGAGUUUACUCAACAUAAAGAGUCCAAACUGAACUCAACGAUUCCCAAGGAAUUAAUUGUUGAAGUUGAUUUACCCUUAUUGAAAUCAGCAGAUGACAUAAUCCUCGAUGUAACUGAAAAAACAGUACAAUUGAUCAGUGAGAAACCUGCCAAGUACAAAUUAGACCUUACUUUACCAUACCAGGUCGGGAAAGAUGCUGGAAAUGCUAAAUUCGACAAGACCUUAGGAAAACUUUUUAUAACAUUGCCAGUUCAGAGAAAAACAUAUAGACGUGAUUCCGCUAGAGAAGACAGUGGGGUUGACAGUGAUCACAGUUCUCCUAUUUCACCAGAAUCAGAAGAUGAAAACAUCGAAAAAUCAUUUACCACAGACAAUGAGCGUGAAAGUAAACAUUUAGUGAAAAGUGACGAGCAGUUUAGGACUAAGUUUCUUGAAGACGAUGUGCAAUACUGUCUACCUGAGUUCACCAGUCACAUUUUCGAUGAUACUAUAGCAUUUACACUUCAUGUUAAAAAUGUUGAUUCAGAAUCCUUGAAACAAUUGAUUGAUGAAGACGAAAAAUCUGUUCAUGUUAAAUUUGUAAGUGUUAGUCCUAGUUUUUAUCAGGUGCAUUAUGCAUUUAUGCUCAAAUUGCCAGUGAAAUCUAUUCAGAAAGACUCAGUUUCUGUUGAAGUUUGGGAUAAUAAUGUUAUUUUGAAAGUUCCUUUUGCAAAUUGUGAUAACGAAUGUACAUGGUUUAUGUUUGGUUUGUCGGAAGAAGAAUUACAGAAAAAAUUUUUGGAAGAGCCCCAUAUUUUGAACGCCAUUCAUAAACAAACCGCGUCAUCUUUUUCUUCUGAGAAAGAGGUUACUAAGAGUGAAAACAAAGAAAAGAGCUGUGAUUCCGAAGGAGAAGUACCAAAUAAAGCAACGAAACCUCAGGAGAUUUCAAACUCUGUGCAAGAAUCCAAUAAUUCCGGCAGUGCCACCAAUUAUGGAUCAUACUAUGAGUCCAGUGGGGACGAGCUGAGUUGCAGUUUGAGCCCCUGCAGGAGCAGGGGAAUAUUGAAGAGGAGUUCGCUGAGGAAAACCUUCUCUAGGAGCAUAUCUGAAUCAAGCUUAGACGAUUGCAUCGGUUCCUUAGAUCCUGAGGGAUUGGAUAUACCCAUUCCGGAAGAUAACAACGAGCAUGAGGCUGAAAUGUCUACUAGCCUGAAGAAAACUGUGAGGUUCAAUGAUGUGGUGUCUAAGCAGCUUUACAGAUUCAAUUCCAGCAUUCUUGGCCAGAGGAAGAAGAAUCAGAAAAAGGCCCAGAAGAAGAAGAAGGCUCACGAGAAGAAAUGCAGCGAAAGCGAAGCCUCUGAAGUGGAAGAAAAGAAGGAGAAAUUCCUUAAACCUCAAAAUAAUGAUCUCAGCUCUGAAAAGUCACCUAAAAGGGACGAAAAUAUUUUCCAAAUGGAUAUGUAAGGGAGUUCUUUCAGAAGGAAUAGGUUUUUCAUGGGUUAAAUAGAAUAGGUUAGAACAAGGAUGCAAUUUUCAUGUCUGGAUUUGUUGCCAUUUCAAUGUAUCUUCCAUUCAGGAAUCUUUUUCUGCCCUACAAAAAUUUUUGUUGGUUGUCAACAAAAAAUUUAGACUUCUCGAAUUUUUAAUAGCUUUUUGAAACCUAUAAAAUUUCCCCGGACGUACUACUAAAACUAAACAAUUAUAUUUAUUUUAAAUUUUAGUUUUUUUUUUUUCAUGUAUAGGAAAGUUGUUGCUUUUGAACACCGGUAUGCUUUUUUUCCAAGGUUGGCAGGUGAUUGUUUGGAUUCAGGCUUGUCCCAGUGAUAUUGUAUGAAUGGGUACUUAGUACAACUUUCAUUUUCGGAACACUUGUGAUACUGUUUUUAUUGCUUUAAUUCUUAUUGUAUUAAAAACACCAGUGAUGAAAUUUUGAUCAUGUAUGUAUUUUAUAAAAUGUUCAUCAUGUAAUUUGAGUACUAAUGUUUCAAAUAAACGUAGAAAAAACAA